AUGAAUCGGAUACUCAUUGAUGGGGGAUCUGCUGUCAAUAUCAUGUCCGUACGUGCUAUGAAAGAGUUAGGAAUCUCAAGUGAUGAACUCUCCCAGAGCCGCCUCAUGAUCCAAGGAUUUAACCAAGGGGGGCAAAGAGCAAUUGGCCUCAUAAGGCUUGAAUUGCUCAUUGAGCCUGUUAAAAUUGAGAAGGUGAGCUUGCAAGGGUUUGUCCGUUCCAAAGAAGAACCGGCAGUGGAACAUUACUCGCUACCAACUAAUCAGACUCAAGAAAGUUUUGAUCCAAACGCCUAUAGACUUCUUGCUAAGGCGGGUUAUAACCCAAAUGAGAAGAAUACAUUGGGCAAACUCCCGCCUGAAGUAACUGGCGAGAAGACUCACGGAUUGACACCUACGCAGAAAAUAUUGAAAGAAAGGGGCUAUAAUGUUGAAAGUUCAUCGAUGGGUCUUGGUUAUCAACCGCCCUCUCCUGUUCGUAUAAUGAUCAAAAAAACGAGUUGUAACUAUGUGAACGAAGAAAUAGAGGUCACAAGCCGAAAGAGAUCUGUGUUCGACCGAUUGGGAAAUAAGUCAAAACGUACUUCUGUGUUUGACAGACUUGGCCCGCAGCCGAAAAAUCUGAAGUCGCCCGUCUAUGAGAGAUUAGGCAAACAGGGUCAAGAAGGUACGGCUUCCUGUCACCAUAUUACGAUCAGUGAUCCCGAAGAAGAAGAAGAAGAUGCAGAUGAUGCUCCUCCUGAACUUGAACAAGGGGUAAAAAAUACAGUCGAUGAGCUAAAAGAGAUUAACCUUGGCACAAGCGACGAUCCUCGCCCAAUUUACAUAAACUCUUGUAUGACUCCUGAAGAAGAAAAACACAUCGUCCCUGUAAGGAAGAAGAAUGGGCAAAUUCGAGUUUGUGUUGACUUUCGAGACUUAAACGAGGCUUGCCCCAAAGAUGAUUUUCCUCUCCCCAUCACAGAAUUGACGGUAGAUGCUACAACCGGGCAUGAAGCACUAUCUUUUCUCGAUGGAUCGUCUGGCUACAAUCAAAUACGCAUGGCGCCCGAGGAUGAGGAGCUAACUGCCUUCCGCACCCCCAAGGGAAUUUAUUGUUAUAAAGUAAUGCCGUUUGGCUUGAAAAAUGCUGGAGCGACAUAUCAAAGGGCAAUGCAAAGAAUAUUUGAUGAUAUGCUCCAUAGAAAUGUGGAGUGCUACGUUGAUGACCUUGUGGUGAAAUCAAAGAAGCGAGAGGAUCAUAUUCAAGACCUUCGAAGAGUUUUCCAACGCCUUCGGAGGUACCAAUUGAAGAUGAAUCCUUUGAAAUGCGCAUUCGGAGUCACUUCUGGCAAGUUUCUUGGUUUCAUCGUUCAUCAACGGGGAAUAGAAGUCGAUCGAUCUAAAAUUGAUGCCAUUGUGAACAUGCCUGAACCGCGAAAUAUUCAUGAAUUAAAGGGCCUUCAAGGGAAAUUGGCAUAUAUCCGGAGGUUUAUCUCUAAUUUGGCCGGACGAUGCCAACCCUUUAGUCGACUGAUGAAGAAAAGGGUACCCUUCGAGAGAAAUGAAUCGUGUAGGAAUGCUUUUACAAGCAUCAAAGCGUACCUCAUGAAUCCCCCAGUGCUGGCUGCGCCCAUUCCAGGAAAACCAUUGAUUCUCUACAUUUCCGCUCAUGAACGGUCGGUUGGGGCCUUAUUUGCUCAAGAAAACGAUGAUGGUAAGGAGAAUGCACUGUAUUACUUGAGCCGGAUGAUGACAUCUAAUGAGUUGAACUACUCGCCCAUCGAGAAGUUGUGUUUGGCACUUAUAUUUGUCAUUCAGAAGUUGAAACAUUAUUUUCAUGCACAUACUAUUCGACUCAUAUCUAAGUCUAAUCCCAUUAAAUAUGUCAUGGCAAAACCUGUACUAUCUGAUCGGCUCGCGAGAUGGUACCUCCAAUUUCAACAAUUUGAAAUUAUUUAUGUACCUGCGAAAGCUGUCAAAGGACAAAUAUUGGCAGACUUUUUAGCCGAUCAUCCCGUACCUGCCGAGUGGGAAUUGACUGAUGAACUUCCCGAUGAAGAAGUGUUUAUGGUCGAUUCGCCGUGGUCAAUGUAUUUCGAUGGAGCUGCUCACCGCGAUGGAGCUGGUGCGGGAGUUGUCUUUUAUACUCCUGAAGCAGAUAUAUUGCCAUACUCUUUCACUUUAACACGUCGGUGUUCAAACAAUGUGGCCGAAUAUCAAGCAUUGAUUCUCGGUCUGGAAACGGCCGUAGACAUGAAGCAAUUGCAUCUUAGAGUUUAUGGUGAUUCAAAAUUGGUGGUAAAUCAACUUCUUGGUAUUUAUGAUGUCAAGAAACCCGAAUUAAUCCCAUAUUAUAAGUAUGCAAGACAGCUCAUGGGAUAUCUGGGCGAUGUCACUAUAGAACAUAUCCCUAGAAAUUUCAACCAAUAA